GAUUGAUGCAACUGCAAUUCGCCGUGAGUAUUGAGUUUUCUAGUGGCAUAAUGGAGACCUAGUUGUCAGGAGAUCUUCUCGGUCAUUUCGAUUGUGUCUUUGCGGUGAUAAAAGAAUGUUUUUACGUGCAGAAUUCAGACUUCCAUUCAAACCGUUGAAGCACGUAGUGAUAGACCUUUCGAUCCUAGAGCAACUUCACUUGUCAAGUGGUUUCGCGCCGGCGGAGUCGUGCAAAAUCGACCGCCAUCGAAUCUCCACCUUGAGAGCGAGGAUCAUGUAGGCCAAAUCUCCGCUCACAAUAUAUUAAUUGACAGGACAUCGCCAUGGCCAGCAAGAUCACACUCCCGUUUUGGCCAACGACCCUGGACGCAGUUCAAUGGUCAGCCGACAACCGCAUCGCGGUACUUGGUGGUGAAUCGAUCGCUAUCUUGACACCACGACUGAGCAAGGACCAUAAUUCCAGCGGAAGUUUUUGGAAUACGACAAUCAUCAAGAUCAAUGGCUUCACGACGGCAGAGAUUCCACGAUGUCUGCCUUUGCCAGACGUACACUGGUCGCCGGGCGAAGAGCUGUCUAUCAAUACGGCACAUGCUGCAGCAUGGUCACACAUCGGCCCCGGGAAGUACGGUGCAUGUAUUCUUGCCAUCUUGACCACGAAUCAUGUUGUAUCGAUUUGGGCAGCUGAUGGGAAGCCAUAUCCGAGCAUACAGUGGACGCGACAAAUAAUUGUCAACCAUGCUGUCAAAGAUUUCUACCGAAAACGGAAAGUGACCAACAUACAAGUUGUGCAGCGAAUACAGGCGUUUGCUUGGAGUGCUCCAUGGUAUCCAGCAAACAACAAAUCAGAUAAUUCAGGUCGUCAUUUCGUCGCAGUGUCGACACACGGUGGUCACAUUCUCUUCUUGCAGAUCAGCACCCCGAUGAGAGAAAUAUGGCGUACAAAUAAUGAGUGGCGGGCCACGGUUUGUGGUCAUUUUGAUACUACGUCUGACGGAGACGUGGAAAUGGCUGAUGCCGACCAAGAUCAAGGAAAGAACGGAGGGUGGAAACUCGUUGCUGACCACAUUGCUUGGUCAAGCUGGAAUCCUGACGACACUUCGACCUUGGCCUACCUGAUGAAGGGCAGGCUUUUCAAAGUCAGAUUGGAGAUCUCAGAGCUAAACAACCACAUCACGAUACAGCCAGCGGGGGUUUAUGUACAACCAGAAGCCCUCCUAGCGGAAAACUCAAAUCUCACUGCUCCGCUCGCAUUCACGAGUCUCGAUCUUUGUGACAGUCUGAUUGUCUUUGGCGACAAUAUUGUGCACCAGGUUCGCUACAGUAAUGCUCCACCCUCGAGCUCAAGCCAUCAUCUAGACGAUCGGUGGGAUCCCAUCUCUGGCCUGGCCUUCACCUCAAAAGUGCCCAAUGGCGAUGCCGAAACUAGCUUGCAAAUAAAUUUGAGCUCACAUGUGUCCACUUUAUCCUCUGAAACAGCAAGCCUCAAGAUGACUGCCCAUGGCAAGGAGAUGUCAGCAGAUUCCGACGUCUACUGGCGAAAGGAACUCCUCGAAAGCCGAGAGGCUCAUAGCACCGAGCAUGGCUCAGGCCAUCCACGUCUAAGCAGGGAGGAAUUGGACAAGCUUUCGCAGUAUGACAACGCUACAGGCGUGCAAGAACGCGUAUGGGGAAUCGCCAGCUCGCCGUUCGAUGAUUACAUCGCCGCAUGUUUCACCUUUCACCCUUCAGAAUCUUUAGCCUACGCCAUUGGGGCAGAGCAGGUCACAGUUGUGAACAUCACACGGGAAGCCAAACCUGCCAAGGGCCUUCUACUACCAUUGAGAAAAAUGAAAAUUUAUCGUGAGAGACAGGUUCCGACCGAAACGUUGGUUUUCGCGCUCGCAAGGAGCCUGAACCUCAGAGAAGACGACACAAAUAUGGCGGAAAGGGAUCUUGACAACAUCAUCCGAAACAUCGAAGAUGCGAUGCCAGAGUCUGUUACAGUGGAACAAUCUCAAGAUGCUAUCGGUCCGAAUGACCCAUUGAUUGGAAAACAUUUGAGCAUCCGUGAGCAUCUGCAGAAUAAUCUUCUCCUCGUGUCCAAUAUCAGGAGAUUACGAGCGGCGAGAAUCAGCCGCUUGGUCAUUAGCAGCCAGACUGGCCAGCAGCCGUUUGCGGACAACGGAGGACGUCAGAGCAAUCUCGACGCGGAAAUGAUCGGGAUCCUUGUAGAGUCUGUUUUGGCUAUUCCCAAUCGUGUAAACCUUGCUGAAGUCAUCUCGGAAGAGGACCCGCUCGGUUGGAAGAUUCGGAACAUUUACGGAAUAAUCUCACACAAACUGAAUAUGAUGCAGCAACAAGAACAAGCUCGUAUCGACACACAGCCCAAUAGUAAUGUGAUUGACCCAGGUAUUUCUGGGAAUGAGUCAUUGUCAAGCUCAGAACAUUGCGAGACAUGCAAUACUCCGAUCCAAUUCGAGAGCCUCAAAUGGGCCCGUUGCAGCAAUCCACAACAAGUCCAUCACUAUCCUCGUUGUGCAUUAACCUUUCUAGCGAUGCAACAAACACAACAAGCGCAAUCAUCCAUGACAAAAUCCUGCGGUCUCUGCGGAUUGAAAUACCUCAGUGAUGAAGCUAUAUUUGAAUUAUCCCAAAGGCCGUGUCAAACGCAGGUACGGCGACCGGGAGAAGUUCCGCUGCAGCCGGAUUUAUCGCAAAACCCGGAUUUGGACGCAGGUGCGCAAGCGGACGACCACACUUUGACAGCGAGCACCGCACGACCGGGUUCAACCCCGACCAACCCGGAAGUUCUCGAAAACCACAUCGGGAAUCAGACUGGCCAUCGAGAACAUAGCACAUCACGAAAAGUAGAUCCCGAUUCUUCCGCUGCAUCAUCGCCAUCGAUGAACCUGCUUGCAAUCGCUUUGUACGCGACUUGCAGUGUCUGCUUUUAUUGUGGAGGUCAAUAUACUGAUUGAGCAGCAUUCACUGUAGUAGUGAUGAUUGUUCGGAUCAUGCCCCUCGGAGCAUCUCCCGCGGAUCUCGAACCAAAUGUUUGCUCGCCAGGUCCACCCUGUCCUGAGAUUCUCGAUUAGGAUCUGGAUCCACGAUCCGUGUUGUCUUCCGACUUCGAGAUGGUGUCCUUUCUACGCCCCUUCUUCGUUUCGCGGUUGUCGGAAUGAUCAGAAUCAACCAUGGUUCCGUGCUGCAGGCACAGCCCCCAAAGUCCACAUUGUUAAGAUAAUCGACCUCAACCAAGCAACAGAG